GCGGCGGUGCCGGCUGAGGGCAGCCGCGCUCGGGAUGGAGGACGAGGAUUUCUUGUUGGCGCUCAGGCUGCAGAGGGAAUGGGAAGAGCAGGACAAGGCGGCGGCAGCGGCGGCAGCAAAGCGCCCUGAUGUCUCUCCGUACCGCUCGUCCCUCCGCCCGCUGUCGGUGGUGGAUGAGGCGUGGGAGCUGCUGGACCCCAGCCCCGACGUUCAUGGCCUGUUCGUGCACUUCAACCAGACGCUCUUCUGGGGCAAGCUGGAGGCUGUCACGGUGUCCUGGAGCCCCCGCAUGACCAGCUCUGCUGGUAUCUGUUCAUACCACGAGAGAAGUGGGCUGUGUUCCAUUCGUCUCAGCGAGCCGCUUCUAAAGUUGCGGCCGAGGAAGGACCUUGUGGAGACACUGUUGCACGAAAUGAUCCAUGCCCUGCUCUUUGUUACUCAUAACUACAAAGAUCGUGAGUCUCACGGACCGGAGUUCUGCAAGCACAUGCGUCGCAUUAAUCUCUUGACUGGAGCCAAUGUCACAAUCUAUCACAAUUUUUAUGAUGAGAUUAAUUUGUACCGCCAGCACUGGUGGCGGUGCAAUGGCCCCUGCCAGAACAGAGCACCUUACUUUGGGUACGUGAAGCGCUCCAUGAACAGAGCACCCUCUGCACAUGACUUCUGGUGGGAUGAACAUCAAAAGACCUGUGGGGGCACGUUCACUAAAGUGAAGGAGCCAGACAAAUUCUCAGAGAAGUCCAAGCAGAAAACUCAGACGGCAAAACCUCCACAUUUCAAGUCAACUAACAAAGGCAAGACAGAAAUGCAUGGUGAUUGCAAAGACCCAACUCCUUUUAGUGGGAGGGGAUAUCGGCUUGGAGGAGGAGAUGGUGUGCUUUCAGAGAAAAACACCAACGCCAGCAGCUCCACUGCAAACAGUGAAGCACACGGCUCACUGCAUCGUUCAGCAGUAAGGACAACACCAAUCCCUAAAAAGGAGAUUAAACUGGAAAAAUCACCCCAUGGCAGCAUCUUUCCGCUUCGUACCAAUGGUGCCAGUGAGAAGAGCAGCUCAGCUUUACAGCGGGAGUUUCCAAAACCCUCUGCUGCUGAUGCAGAAGAUGAUGAGAACGACUGGGGGUUGCCUGCCAGGAUGGCUCGUGUUGCUGAAGGAACAUCAAGCCAAGGCUCACCAGCUGGCAAGAGGGCUAUGCCAUCUUCUAGCUGGUCACCAAAACGAAUUUGUUUGGAGCAGACCCCAAGAGCUCAGGGUGCAUCUAAGAAUGUGUUAGAACGUGUUAAUACGCUGCAGCAAUGGCCGAAAAAGGAAGACAAAACUGCCUUUGAAAAGUAUUUCAACAAAAAGGGGGGGACUGAUGUCACUACAACUACAAAACCUAGAGCUGAAUUUACACAGUCCUCUGCAAGUCCUAGCAAUCCUGUGAGGCAGGAGAGAACAGUCAGUUGUCCUGUCUGUGAGACUGAUGUUUUGGAAUCUGAAAUAAAUGAACAUCUUGAUUCUUGUCUUUCGUAGAACAGCAGAAAGUUUCUUAAAAAGAUAAACCAGGGCUGGAAACGUUGUUUGAAAGGUAAUUUUUGCUCAGGGUUUGCUUAGCUGUGGUUAAACUCCAUGUGCCUGUUCUGAAAUGGAAUUUAAAAUGUAGCUGACCUCCAUAUCCUCACAGUAGUAAGUAAAAAUUGUGUAGAAUGCUGCUAGGAAUACUGGUAAAGACUGUUCCUGGACAUGUCAUAAAAGCUUUCAUGAUUUCCCAGUUAAACUUCCUUCAAGUGCUAUACAGGACAAAUUAGGAUUAAAGUGACAUGACCUGCCAGUCUUUAUUUUGCUUCUUCUGGAAGCCAGCCAGGUUCAUGGUUAGCAGGCCAGUCAGUUGAGUACUAAAGCCAUUGUGCCAUGAGAAGUUAUGAGUGCCAGCCACGUGUUUUCUAUGUGAGCUGCCUGAAAUGUUCUCUUGGUGCACUAAGGUGUUUCAUGGGUUAAGCAUUAAACAGUGUGAUUCCUUACAAUCAGUGAAACUGAUUGAAUUUGUUUUAUAUAAAAAUUGUUUUAUAUAAAAUAGCUUUUAAACAAAAUAGUUUUAUAUCUUGUUACUGUAAUUUUCAAUGGCUGUACAUGUUUACAGUUUUACUGCUGCUCUCUUAACUCACUUUAAAUGCUUCAUAUUUUAAAAAAUAUUGGCACUACAGAAGUUUAAUGUAAAUUACUUUGUUCUUGUAUACUCUGAAUAAAUUGUUACUGAAGUUUAAAUUUCCA